AUGUCGCGGGGCCCAGUUUCUUCUCAGCUUCACUUGCUGUCGAAUCUCCCUGCUGUACCUGUCGGUGACAAAGUCAGAUUCCUCGGAUGGUAUGACCGCAAUACCACUGCUGUGGUGGAUGUCAGCCUGCUUCUAGAAUCCCUCACCGCUGAGCAAACACGUGUCGGCGAGUUUGUCAACGUGAUAGGGUAUAUCACAGAGCAAAAGAUGACUCGUGAUAAGAAACAACCAUACCAAGAGUCGAAACAGGUGUGUGUGCAAGCCAUAGUUCUCUGGUCAACUGGUCCCAUGGACCUUCAGAAGUACGAAAAGCUUGUCGAUGCCAAAUGA